CCCCCGGCUCAAACCCGCCCGCCAUGAAGCCCCCCGCAGACUGUGCAGGUGACGUCCUGGAUGUGGCAUCUCCGUGCUCUGUAGUGAACUACCUGCGCUGGGACCUGAGUGCCCAGCAGAUCCAGGAGCUCACCAGGGAGCUCAUGGAGAAGACAAAGCACGUGUACGACCAGGUGGGCGCCCAGGCGUUUGAAGACGUGUCAUACGAGAGUACACUCAAGGCCCUGGCUGACGUAGAGGUGUCCUACACAGUUCAGAGGAAUAUCCUUGAUUUCCCCCAGCACGUCUCCCCAUCCAAAGACAUCCGAACUGCCAGCACGGAGGCAGACAAGAAGCUGUCAGAGUUUGACGUGGAGAUGAGCAUGCGGCAAGACGUGUACCAGAGGAUUGUCUGGCUGCAGGAAAAAGUUGAGAAGGACACGCUGAGGCCUGAGGCAGCUCGGUACCUGGAGCGGCUGAUCAAGCUCGGGCGGAGGAACGGGCUGCACCUGCCCGAGGAAACCCAGGAAAAAAUCAAGAGCAUCAAGAAGCAGUUGAGCCUACUGUGCAUCGACUUCAACAAGAACCUCAACGAGGACACCACCUUCCUGCCCUUCACACGGGAGGAGCUCGGAGGGCUCCCUGAGGACUUUCUCAACUCCCUGGAAAAGACUGAGGACAACAAGUUGAAGGUCACCCUCAAGUACCCCCACUACUUUCCCCUUCUAAAGAAAUGCUAUGUGCCCGAGACCAGGAGGAAGGUGGAGGAGGCCUUCAACUGCCGGUGCAAGGAGGAGAACUGCACCAUCCUCAAGGAGCUGGUGGCACUGCGGGCCCAAAAGUCUAGCCUGCUGGGGUUCAGCACACACGCCGACUACGUCCUGGAGAUGAACAUGGCCAAGACCAGCCAGGUGGUGGCCACCUUUCUAGACGAGCUGGCCCAGAAGCUGAAGCCACUGGGGGAGCAGGAGCGCGCUGUGAUCCUGGAACUGAAGAAGGCCGAGUGUGAGCGGCGGGGGCUGCCGUUUGACACGUGUAUCCAUGCCUGGGACAUGCGCUACUACAUGAACCAGGUGGAGGAGACACGCUACAGCGUGGACCAGAACCUGCUGAGGGAGUACUUCCCCAUGCAGACCGUCACCCAGGGGCUGCUGGCCGUCUACCAGGAGCUGCUGGGGCUCACCUUCCACUGCGAGGAAGGCGCCGCUGUGUGGCACGAGGACGUGGCGCUGUACGCCGUGCGGGACUCUGCCUCCGGGCAGCUGAUCGGCAAGUUCUACCUGGACCUGUACCCACGGGAGGGGAAAUACGGACAUGCGGCCUGCUUCGGCCUGCAGCCGGGGUGCCUGAGGCCGGAUGGGACCCGCCAGAUCUCCAUUGCAGCCAUGGUGGCCAACUUCACCAAGCCCACGCCAGACGCCCCCUCCCUGCUGCAGCACGACGAGGUGGAGACCUACUUCCACGAGUUUGGCCACGUCAUGCACCAGCUCUGCUCCCAGGCGGAGUUUGCCAUGUUCAGCGGCACACAUGUGGAGCGGGACUUCGUGGAGGCGCCCUCGCAGAUGCUGGAGAACUGGGUGUGGGAGCGCGAGCCCCUGCUGCGCAUGUCCCAGCACUACCGCACGGGUGACGCCUUGCCCCCAGACCUGCUUGACAGGCUCAUCGCCUCCCGCCAGGCCAACACUGGUCUCUUCAAUCUGCGCCAAAUCGUCCUGGCCAAGGUGGACCAGGCGCUGCACACGCAGACGGGUGUCGACCCGGCUGAGGAGUACGGCCGGCUCUGCCAGGAGAUCCUGGGGGUGCCAGCCACACCAGGCACCAACAUGCCGGCCACCUUUGGCCACCUGGCAGGAGGCUAUGAUGCCCAGUACUACGGCUACCUGUGGAGUGAGGUCUACUCCAUGGACAUGUUCCACACUCGCUUCAAGCAGGAAGGCGUCCUCAAUGGCAAGGUGGGCAUGGACUACCGGAGCUGCGUACUGAGACCCGGUGGCUCCCAGGACGCCAGCGCCAUGUUGAAGCUCUUCCUGGGCCGCGAGCCUAGGCAGGAUGCCUUCCUCCUGAGCAAAGGGCUGCCCGUGGAGGGCAGUGAGCCGCCGGCCUGCUGAG